AUGGCUGCUGGAGGUGUGCUGCGGGUCACUAAUGGAGCAGAUGGGCCAUCGGUUCAAACGGAGCCGUUCGAUAUAGACGAUCUAUGUGCGAGGCUCGAGGUUGCGAAGCGCGAGCGGGAAGAGAGAGAUGCAGCGAGGGAGUUGAGGAAGCAGGUGCGCGAAGCAGUGAAGAGGGAUGGCACUGAUGGACGACCGACAACUGCGAGAAGGAGGCCGAAACCGACACCAUUAAUCGAUGCGAACGUCAGUAAUGACUGGAGUCAGGUUCAAAUACCAGGACUGUCGCCAUUGCGAAGUGACCAUUUGCGAUUGAACCUCAUCGACAGCAUACCGGAGCACUCAACACCACCCUUUCGAAGCCCGUCAACCACCAGAAGCAUACCAACGUCUCCUCUAGCACCAGGCGACAAUGGCGACCGCAGCCACGACACACCCACCAAACCAAAACGCCUCAACUUCUUCAAAUCCCUCACCAGCGACGACUCCGACUCCCGCCUCCGCAAGCCCUGGACAAAACAACGACCAGACGACGUAGCCAAACGACGCUCCCAGACCUCUCCCCUCCUGCACACCAAAUUCCGCAACGACUCCACCAUCGACCACCAAAUCUACUCCCAUCCGCACGCGGAGCACUCGAUGAGUUUCGUAAACGAGUACUGCGUUAGUUUCGACACUGGCGACCACGACCGCCACGAUCAGAUAGUCGAGUCCCCCCAAUCGCUUAAACCCCUCCCCAUCGACCGGCCGGAAUGGGCGUACCACCACAGCGAGCGCAGCCUGCUCAAUCUCCCUCUAAUGCUGAAGCGGGAUAAGAAAGACCGGACGCGCGCGAGCGUGGACGAGGUACCUGGGCCUCCUCAGCAGCAGAGAGAUCUCUCCGGCAACGCACAGCGGUCACGACCGCAUACGAGGAGUCAAACGGCGCCAGAUGGGCUGAUUUGCGAAGCCGUGCGGCGCAUCGAGCAGGGUCAGAGUGGCAAGAAGCGGCGGUCGAUGGGGGCGUUCUUGCAGACGAUGUUGUUGCCGGGACCUGGCGUGAAUGCUGGUGGUGGGGGUGGGAGUAGCCAUUGCGUGGCGAUCUAG